CUGAUUGAUGAUGAUGAUGAUACUGAGUCGAAUGACGAGUCGUGCAUUACAGAUUUCUCAUCAAUGGCUGAAAGUCUUAAUGUUGAAGAAGAAGGAAAAGUAGAAAAGAUGAUCUCAUGUUUUCUUGAAGAGUAUGAGAAGGAUGAAGCAUUUAGAAAGAAUCCUUAUAUAUGUGAACAUUCUGUUGAUCACUACUAUUAUCUUUUGCCAAGGGCUAAAAGAUGCAAAUUUCUUAGAAAGAAACGUCCUACUGCUAUGCCUAUUGUGUGUCAAUCGACAUUAGAAAAGAAGAGUUUGAAACUUCGAAUUUCUCUUAAAUAUAAAAGAAUCGAAAGAGUUGAUGAACGAGGAGACGAAAAAGCUUCAAUGGAGAGAAAGAAAAUUGAAAGUAAACGGGAAGAUGGACAGAAAAAGAGAAAAAAGAAUGGAACUUUUUUGGAAGAAGAACGGAGUAAAUGGGAAGAUAGAGAGAAAAAGAGAAGAAAGAUUGAACCAAUAUUGCCAAUUGGUUUGCCGGACGAGUUGAAGGAGAAGAUUUCAAGAAUGUGUCUUCAAAUUUCUGAAGUGAAAUUGGUAAUUCAGAAAGUUCUUUAUGAUACAGAUUUGAGUUAUAAGCAUAUGCGUAUGUCGAUCCCUAUGAACCAAGUGAAGAGUAAGGAUUUCUUGACACCACAACAGAAAAUGGACUUGGAGAAAAGAGAUAUUGAAUCCAACAAAAAGAUGAAGAUUCAGUUCAAUUUAAUUGAGCCUUCAUUUGAAGAAACAAAAAUUCAUUUGGCAAAGUGGGACAUGAACAAAAGUUCAAUUUAUGUGUUAUUCAAUGACUGGAUGCAAGUAGUAGAAAGGAAUAAGUUGAAGUCUGGAAUGGUAGUACAGUUGUGGUCAUUUCACCAAGAUUUGGUUCCAUGGUUGGCUCUUGUUUUGGUUCCAUGAAGCUGCAAUGGAGGACUAAAUUUUUUUUCUUCUAAAUUAGUUGUAGGAACUAUCUUCAUGCCCAAAAAGAGAGGGA